UUGAACCCUACUGAUCCACACACAGUUUUCAACUUUAUAAUUGAAUUUUAAUCGAAAUUAGCUAAUUAAAAGCGUAAAUCCAAAAUUCAGUCAGAAUGUUUUCGUUGGAAUCGUCGCGCACUAUGACGCCACAGCCGCCCAAGUGCCCGUGCCACCAUCCGGAGCGGCGGGAUUGCGGGCAGGACAACAUGGAACUGGUGGCGAAGUACCGCCAGAUGGACAUCGAAGACGUCACCGACAGCGUGAUGAAGGUGAUGCGCAUCUGCGGCUUGAAGCCUUGGGAGGUGAAGCGGAGUGCGGGGGUCAUCAAGCGGUCGCUGCAGCACUACGAAGAAGUUCUCGAGCGGAUUGACCGGGUGCCGCGCAAGCGGUUCGCCAAGGAGAGCUUCCUGCACGGACUGGCCCACGAGGCGCAGAUGUCCCGCAUGGACUCCCAGAUGGCCUAUGCGAUCACGAAGCGGGCCUUUAAGGCUUUUUACCAUGGUACAGGUGCCGGUGGUCUUCACUAUGCCAGUCUGCAGGAUAAGCUGACCCACGAGAUGGAAUGCCUCUGGUUGCAUGCCGCUCGCCGCACGGCCCAGAUCCACGCCGUUUUGGCCGGAAUGAUGCACUCCGAGGAGAUGCUGUUCGAGGAGCGGAUCGAGUGCGUCUACAAGGGCCUCCACGAUGUCCUGCAAACGCGAGUCCUGUUUGCCGACGACAUGACCUGCAACUGUGGACAGAAGUCGGCCACCCAGUCGCAACUGCCGUCCAAAACGGUCUCGAUGACCACCCAGUUGGAGGUGCUCUACGCCAGGCAGGACAUGGCCGUGAGUACUGCCCCCUCGAAGGCCUCCACUCGGACGGGGACUCAAAAGCCCUCGGCGGCGGUCAGCUCGGCGUCCUCUCGCCACAAUCACAGCCUGAAGAAGGCCGACCAGACCAUGUCCCAGAAGCAGACUCCUCAGAGCAGCAGUAGCACCAUCUCCACCGACCAGCCCAAGUGCAACUGCCCCCAUUUGCGAUGCUGCCGGGAAGGAGGAGAGGCCCGGGAAUGGCCGGAGAUCACUGCGGAAAGUAGCCAAGGUCCGUACAUCUGCCGCUGGCUGCCCUUCACCGAAGAGGACGAAGACUUCCCCGAGCACCAUGUGCCCUUCCCCCCAAUGGACGUGGUGUGUCCGCCCUGUUCCAAGGAGGAUCUCUCCUGCGACUCGGAGUGCACCUGCACCUGUGGCCAAAUCUGCACCUGUCGUCCUGCCUUCGAUGAUGGUGUUGCUGAGGAGGAGCAUCUCGGCGAGAAGUUGUCCAAGAGUGGACUGGAGGACUACGACACGGACUUCUGCUGGGUGGGUCCACUCCGGGGAAGCAGUCGCGAGAGGAUGGCCAGGCUGAGGGCAAAGGAAAAGCUUGAGGAGGUGGAGGAGGAGGAGGAGCAAGUCGAGGAGGAUCAGGAGAUCGAGUGCCGCUGCGACCUCAAGCAGCUGUGCUAUCCACACCUCUUCACCUAUUUGACUCCAUUUAGUAUCAAAAAAGAGAGCGAGGAGCAGCCUGAGCAGAAAGUGGAGAUGGUGGUGGAGUCUGAGAGUGAAAGUGAGGAUCUGCUUUCCAAGCCACCUCCACAUGGCGUAUCCAUGGGUGGCUACCGCUGCUGGGUGAAGCCUCCAUCAUCACCACAUUCCAGCGACGAAACCAAACCAGCACUUUUGUUGGUUUCGGGUGAAAAGGCCAAGCCCAAGUUUCAGAUCACGAUCAAGGAACAACAUCAGUCCCCUCAGCGAAAGAGUGCUCCGCCCGCAGCUCCUCUUCCCAAGGCUCCAGUCCUGCCCAACAAGCCAGCUCCAACUCCGGCGCCCUCAAAGCCUCCACUCGCCCCUCAAAAGCCCGAAGAUGACAAGCUCACCAAGGAGGACAUCCUUGAUAUCAUUGGCUUGAGGUUUAGAUAGUUCAAAGUAUCUAUUUUUGAUUGCCAGAAGCUUGGAUUGUCCUUUUGCGGUAAAGUUGUUAAUGCUUUUUUUGAAUUUGUUAAAAUCUCAAAAUAUAUUAAUGACGUUAGUUGAAGAUCUAAGUCAGUAAGUAA